GACUGAAUUCAGACGAUUUAUAUAGGAAGUUUAUUAAUUCCUGAUAUCUCGUGGUAGAUGAGAAUAUGUCGUGAAUAUUCGAUUAGCAAGGCUGUUUGGCGCGAAUUAACUCGACCGUUUUAAGGAAUUUUGACAGACUUUUAGUGAUGCCACAAGAGAGCUCAACCAUGAAUGAGGUGGAUCAGCAGCAGAUGGAAAAAUGGGAGAAAAGUUUGAGUGAAGAAGAGAGAGCUAGACUGGCUCUCAUAGAGUGGAAGAAUGAUCAGAAAUAUGACUUCAAGAGUCCUCUAAUGAAGUAUCCACAACUGGGGAUAGGUCUUGCAGGGCUGGCUCUAAUUGUUAUUGGUAGAGCUCUUUACUUCAAGCCUUAUCAAAGAAGCAUUGCAAGGAAAUACGGAAAAGUUGAGGUAUCCCAGUACCUUGUACAAACUAGGAUGUAUGCACAAGGUUUCUUUGUGAUAUGUGCCAGUUCUAUCAUAGCUAAACCUGUGUUUGAACACAUUUGGAACAAAUAUGUAAAAAAGGACAGUGCAAAGAAUGAAUCAUCUUCUAGUCAACAAAAGCCACCAUCCUAACACUUAUAUGAAUUUUAAAUUAUAUUUGGAAAAAAAUAACAUUAAAUUUGCCAGGAAGACAAUUGAUUUUAAAAUUUGUUUGCCAUGUAAAGUAGAGUUGAAAUGAUUCUUAAAUAUUUUAAUAUGUUUAAUGCAAAGUCCUGAAUCAGCAUCAAGUAUAUGCAUCUACAAUCUCUUAUGUUAAUUGAAGAUAAGGGAUUCAUACACAGUAAAACUGUCAACUUGAUUUGAAAAAUUAAGAAAUAAAUAAUGUGUGGAUUUUUUUUUAUUUUAUUAAAUAUGAAUUUUAAACAAAUUUUUAAAAUUAGAAAUGAUACGGUAUAUUGCCUCUGUAUAGAUAUGUAUCAUAUGCAGAAAACCUAUGCUGUCUCAGCACUGAUAUGUAAUAUACCUGUAUGUGAAAGCUACAUGUAUACAUGCUGUUAUUGAUAUAAAACCUCUUGAGACUUCUUAUAGUCUCCAAAUCUUUAUAUGAUGGAUUUUUGUUGAAGUUGAUCUUCAUUGUUUUGUAAUAAAUUAUAAAUUAAACA